ACAUUAUAAUAUUGUUUUAGGGCGUGCCUAUAAUGAAUUUAAAUCCCAAAGGGGUGGCUAGCUACACAACAUUAACAGAGCUGGACUGUAGAUUGAAGCAUAGUGUUGCGUUAUUUUAUUAAUAAUUAUGAGCGACCUGCAGGACCAACUACUAACUAAAGGUGAGUCUGGCAGUGCUUACCCCACGCAACAGCAGCCAGCCUAUCCACAGCAGACAGAUCCUCCACCACCUUACCAGCAGCAACCACUGGUUUCAAUGAAUGUCACCCCAGAUGUGGCUGCUCCAGUUUCAUCAGUUUACCAGCCACCAGCAGUGCCUGGGCAAAAGGUUUCUGGAGUCUACGAACAGGGGGCAAGAUUUGACCCAAGCAAACAGGCCAGUAUCCCACCUCCCCCACCUGGAGUUGCCCCCACUGCUGCUCAGGUAGCAGCUGCUCAGGGCCAGCCCGUUGUCAUGACACAACAGAAGAAAGACAAAUGGGGUCUUGGUUCUGAUGGGGGUGCCACAUUCUUUUAACCCAUUAAAACUUAAUUACGUAUAGUAUCAGUUGUUAUAUAAAGUUGUAGCUCUAUAAUUAUGCAUUAUUUUGAGGUAAGUAUAACUUUACACACAAGUUGUUACAAGACGACUUUAUUUUACCCUAUAACAAAAUAAAACAUUAAGCUGUGUGCUUUUGUUGAAAGAGGUACAUCUCUGUCAAUAGUGUAUGUGAUGCAUUUAUUGCCAUACUAAUGCUUUUAUUGUUAUUGUCACUGUG